CCCGGCGUUAAUUGCGGCCCCGCCGUUAAUGAGGCCGGAGCUCGAUAAGGGGCCGGGAGCCGCCGGGACCAACAUCAAAGCGGGUCGGGGGGCACCGGGCGGCCCCGCGCCCACGGGGGACUCUGCCCGCGGGUGGGGACCGCGCUUAUAGGGCGGCGGGGCCCAUAUAGGGCUGAGCGCCAUGAGCGGGGAGCGGAGCGAGGAGCCCCGCAGCGCCACCGAGAUGGCCAACGGAGCCCCUUUAGAGCCCGUCCCGGGCCGAGAGCAGCACUCAGCCAUGGGGCCGCCCUACAGCGACCUGCGAGCAUCCGAAGAGGAUGGUCCCGCCGAGAGCGUCGGCUCCGUGUCGGGCAGCAGGAACACGCUGCAGCCGCUGCAGGGGGAGGAGGACGAGGAGCCGUUCAGCACCUACUUCGACAGCAAAAUCCCCAUCCCUGAGGAUGACACGCACUCGUGCUUCAGCUUCAGGAAGCUGUGGGCUUUCACUGGCCCUGGCUUUCUGAUGAGCAUCGCCUACCUGGACCCAGGCAACAUCGAGUCAGACCUGCAGUCCGGAGCCGUGGCCGGGUUCAAGCUGCUCUGGGUGCUGCUGUUGGCCACCGUCAUCGGGCUGUUGCUGCAGCGCCUGGCGGCGCGACUCGGUGUCGUGACGGGGCUGCACCUGGCUGAGGUCUGCAACCGGCAAUACCACAAAGUGCCGCGGAUCAUGCUGUGGCUCAUGAUGGAAAUCGCCAUCAUCGGCUCAGACAUGCAGGAGGUGAUUGGGACAGCCAUUGCCUUCAGCCUGCUGUCGAUGGGGAAGAUCCCACUGUGGGGGGGGGUGCUCAUCACCAUCGCCGACACCCUCUUCUUCCUCUUCCUGGACAAAUACGGUUUGCGGAAGCUGGAGGCGUUCUUUGGUUUCCUGAUCACCAUCAUGGCUCUGACCUUCGGAUACGAGUACGUGACGGUGAAGCCGGACCAGAAGCAGCUGCUGCGGGGGCUGUUUGUCCCCGAGUGCCCGGGCUGCGGCACCCCCCAGCUGGAGCAGGCCGUGGGCAUCGUGGGCGCCGUCAUCAUGCCCCACAACAUGUACCUGCACUCUGCCCUGGUCAAGUCCCGCCAGGUGAACCGCGCCAACCCCCGCGAGGUGCGCGAGGCCAACAAGUAUUUCUUUGCCGAGUCGUGCAUCGCGCUCUUCGUCUCCUUCAUCAUCAACGUCUUCGUCGUCUCCGUCUUCGCCGAGGCCUUUUAUAAUAAAACCAACAUGGAUGUGCACGAGGUGUGCGCCAACGCCAGCAGUGUGCACGCAGGGCUGUUCCCAAACAACAACAACACGCUGGAGGUGGACAUCUACAAAGGGGGCGCAGUGCUGGGCUGUUACUUCGGCCCGGCUGCUCUUUACAUUUGGGCCAUUGGGAUCCUGGCAGCAGGGCAGAGCUCCACCAUGACCGGGACGUACUCAGGGCAGUUCGUCAUGGAGGGUUUCCUCAACCUUCGCUGGUCUCGCUUUGCCCGCGUGCUGCUGACGCGCUCCAUCGCCAUCACCCCCACCCUGUUCGUCGCCAUCUUCCAGGACGUGGAGCACCUGACGGGGAUGAACGACUUCCUCAACGUGCUCAUGAGCCUGCAGCUCCCGUUCGCCCUCAUCCCGGUGCUGACGUUCACCAGCCUGCCCAGCGUCAUGAACGACUUCGCCAACGGGCUGUUCUGGAAGGUCGGGGGCGGGCUGGUCAUCCUGCUGGUGUGCAGCAUCAACAUGUACUUCGUGGUGGCCUACGUCAUGGCGCUCAACCACGUGGGGCUCUACGUCGGAGCCGCCAUCCUCAGCAUCGCGUACCUGGGAUUCGUGACGUACCUGACGUGGCUGUGUCUGAUCGCUCUGGGCGCCUCGGCGCUGUCCUGCGGCUCCACGCGCUGCUGGGCCUUCACCGCGCGCCCGGAGCUCGUCCUGCUCAGCAACGUCGGUGGGGACACGGAGGUGACACGGUGAGGGAGGGGGGGGUGGGACCGAACCGACACCGGACGGAACCAAAACGGGACCGGAGUGACACCGGGAUGGAGCCCGGAUGGAACCACAGCGAUAAUGGGAUGGAAAUGAGGAGGAACCGGGAGGGAACCAAAAUGGGUCCAAAAUGGCAUCAGGAGAACGUGGGGAUGGCAGUGAAAUGGGACCCAAAUGGGACCAGAAUAACACAGGGAUGGAGCUGGGAUGGAGCUGGGAUGGCACCACAUCAGCACUGAGGUUGGAACAGCACAAAAGUAGCACCAAAAUGGGACCCAAAUGGGACCAGAAUAACACAGGGAUGGAGCUGGGAUGGAGCUGGGAUGGCACCACAUCAGCACUGAGGUUGGAACAGCACAAAAGUAGCACCAAAAUGGGACCCAAAUGGGACCAGAAUCACUCAGGGAUGACCUGCCCCCUUUGUGACCCCCCGUGUCCCCAAUACCCCCUCACUGUGUCCCCAUCACAUCCCCACUGUGUCCCCCCAUCCCCAACCCACACAGUCGUUCCAUUCCUCUAAUUACAGCACUGCGCUCAUUAAUGCUCAUUA